UUAGAGCGGAAGUAAGGUCCUAACAGCGCGGAUUAGUAAGCAACUGCUAACACGCUAGCUCAGUUGUUUUAUUUAGAUUUUAUUGAAAAGUCUCAAAUAUGUCCGGAAGAGAAGGUGGUAAGAAGAAGCCUCUAAAAUCUGCCAAGAAAGCGACUAAGGAGAUGGACGAUGAGGAAAUGGCCUUCAAACAGAAGCAGAAAGAAGACCAGAAAGCCUUGGAUGCAUUGAAGACAAAAGCAGCAGGAAAAGGACCUUUGACUGGUGGAGGAAUCAAGAAGUCUGGAAAGAAGUGAUUUGGCAUUAGAAGAUCAUGCACUCAUUUGCUGAAUCGCAGCCCCAUGGCAAAUCCAACCCCCAUAUUUUUUUUCUUGUUUGGGUCCAUUGUAGAAUGAGAAAAAUACAUGAAAUGACCCUUUUAAAAAAUAAUUUCCAAUGUGUUCUUGUAAAGGAAAAAGCUCUGAACUAAUAAAGUCUUGUAACUACUGUUGUA